AUGUCUCCAGCAACCACCACCAUCAUCUCGGAUACCUCAUCCACCACUUCCUCGACUGUCACUGCUGUCAAGGCUACUGUUGCCGAUGCUGUUGCUGCCCCUGCCUCAGCCAUCACCUACCAGACUAUUGAGGUUGCCGAUCUCGCUGCCACCUUUGCCGACUAUGUUGACCUCGCGGUCAAGACCCGCGGCGGCAAGGUGCUGACGACCUCAGACGAGUGGUUCGCAGAGUCCCACAACCUGUUGACGGCUGCUACCCCCAUCUCGCGUAAGGGCCACUUUACGCCCAAGGGUGCCUGGUUCGAUGGCUGGGAGACCCGCCGCCACGGUCCUGAAUUCGACUGGUGCGUGAUCCAGCUGGGUUACCCUGGUACGGUUGCAGGUUUUGAGGUCGAUACGGCCUUCUUUACGGGAAACCACUCCCCCUUUGUCUCCGUGGAGGGCUUUGUGGCCAGCCCCUCCGCCAUGGUGGUUACAGAUCCCGAGGACGCUAAGAAUGGUACAAGUGGUGUUGCUGUCAAUAGCGCCGCCUCCGAUCAAAGUUCCACUGUUGCUGUUACUGCUUCUGGUGCUUUCGUUGCUUCCCUCGCCACCGUCGUUCCUGACACGGCCGAGGGGUGGGAACAGGUCCAAUGGACCCCUAUACUCCCCAAGGUGGCCUUGAAGCCCGACUCCCGACACGGGUUCAAGUUGGAGGUCCCCACCACCCAGUUCUUCACCCACAUUCGCUUCAGAAUGUUCCCUGAUGGUGGAGUCGCCCGUUUGAGGGUCUAUGGAAAGGUCCACCAAGUCCUUCCCGAGGACAAGGCCGGUGUCUUUGACCUGGCUUCUGUUGGAGCCGGUGCUCGUGUUGAGGCCUUCUCUGACGCCCAUUUCGGCCAUCCCUCUAAUCUUUUGCUUCCUGGACGCGGUCAUGACAUGUCUGACGGUUGGGAGACCAAGCGCUCUCGCGCUCCAGGCCACGUCGACUGGUCCUUCAUUAAAUUGGGUGUUGCUGGUCACCCUACUCUGAUCGAGAUCGACACUGCUCAUUACAUGGGCAACCCUCCCAAGUCGGUCACCCUGCUCGGGUACACUGCCGAGGAUACCCUCCAAGAGACGCCUAUCACCCUCUUGGGCGAGGCUCCCGUCAAGCCUCACCGCCAGCACUUUUUCGAGAUCCCCUCUGAGGUGAGCUCGGGUCCUGCUGUCGCGUCAAUCAAGGUCGUAAUGAUCCCUGAUGGCGGUAUUAAGCGUGUCCGCGUCUUUGGAUCUCAGUCAUGGCCCGCAAAUGAGAUCCCUGCCAACUCCCUCAUCGGUCAGCGCCAUCCCCUCCCUGACGAGGACACCUGGAACCUGUUGACCAUCGAGGCCGAGCCCAUCACCAAGGAGGCUUUUGCCCCUUGGGGCCAGGUCAUCGAGGUCCCUACCUAUGACCCCAACUCGAUCAAGGUCAACCAGGGCACCGCUCAAAAAUUCUCCCACAUUGGUCACUUUUCCAACUUGCGUUCCUACGCCUUGAACGACGAAGUUAUCUCCGCCAACGGAAAUAGGUCCUUCGACAAGACUUGCCCCUCGGAUCACAAGCCUGCAACUGCCAACAUUGCCAUUUUCCAGUGCUACAAGCCCGUCGAGACCAAGGACAUUGGCGUCCGCCUGUUGGAGCGCCACGCCUACUCCUCGCAGAUGUUUGUCCCCAUGGGCGGAGACGGCAAUGGUGGUUUUGUGGUGGUCGUAGCCAAGGACCGUACGUCGGACGGUAAUCCUGACUUGUCGACUCUGAAGGCCUUUACGGUCGCCAACAGCCAGGGCAUCAACUACAAACCCAAUGUCUGGCACCACCCCAUGAUUGUCACUGGACGGCCUGUGACCUUUUUGACGAUUACUCAUGAGUCGGGUGUGGGACGCGAUGACUGUGAGGAGUACUGGUUCAAGAAGGAGGCUGCUGCUGUCGGAAACCAAGACGGUGUUGCUGCUGUUGUGCGCAUCUAG